GCUCGCCCCCGCGGUCUGCCCACGGGUUCCACGUGAGAGAGAGAGAUGUGUCGGCAUUUACCUGCUUACUUACCGACCCCAGGCUUGGGCCCGCGUCUCCCCGCGGUUCCCCCCUCCCCCGGUUCCCCCCCCCCCGGGCAAAGGGGCCGGGCAGCCUCUGGGUGCCAUCCAGAUGUGUGCGAAACGGGAGGUCACCGGCGUUUCCGUAAUGCUUAACGGGGCGCGUUUGGGCAGGCUUCACUUCGGGGGAAAAAAGUCAAGGCGAAGCCAUGGAUCGAUAGCAAGACUGCUAGCACUCCCUGGGGAUGAUGGACCGCUCAGCAGAUGCAUCUGGGGUCCUUGAAGGCACAGAUAUUGGGGCACAGAAAGACAGAGUGGUGACUGAGGAGGAAUGGCUGCAAAAAUGGGAAACGGGUAACAUCGGGUUUCACAAGGAACAAGGGCAUCCGCUCCUACAGAAGUAUCUGGAUGUUCUUUUAAAUGGCAGGAGUGGACUGAGGAUAUUUUUCCCACUUUGUGGUAAAGCAGUAGAGAUGAAAUGGCUGGCGGACAUGGGACACAGCGUUGUUGGUGUGGAAGUCAGUGAGCAAGCGCUGAAGGAAUUUUUUGCAGAACAUAGCCUGCCUUAUUGCAAGGAGCCAGUCCCAGAGAUUUCAGGAGCAAAAAAGUUCCAGAGUACCUCUGGGAACAUUUCUCUGUACUGCUGCAGUAUUUAUGAUUUGUCCAGCUCAAUAGUUGGCAAGUUUGAUGGGGUUUGGGACAGAGGAGCUCUAGUAGCUGUGAAUCCAUGCGACAGACAACGUAGCCUACACAAGUUCUUCUCUACCGCAAGCAUCAGCUGCAGUCGCAGAGUGUUGCACUCCAGAUUUGUAAGCUUCCUUCAGGAAGCCGCCCUCCCUCUUGGUGGGAAAAUAUGUGGUUUGUUGCAACCCGGCAGAAGCAGAGCUGCAAGUCUCAUCUGAAUUUUAUUAUUUCCUUUACACCCCAUCUGCUUCUCUUCUCUUUGUUCUUUUCCCCCUCACUUCCCUUUAUUCCAGUUUUUCAUUCUUACCUAUAGCCAACCCAAAUGUAGUUUGACCCUACCCCCAGGAUUUUUUAAUUACAUAUAUAAUCUUGAAUUCACAAUAAUUUUAAAAGAUACUGUUUUCUAGACUGUGGCAGAUGAAUACUGUGUUUUGUGUGUUAGUUUUGAGAUGAAUAUGAAAAAAAAGAUAUAUGCUUGUUUAUGAAGAAUAAACAGUAACCUUCAUCUGAGGUGUUUCAUGUCUAGCGUGAAUUUCAUGCUCGUGAAAUUCAAACUAAGCUUUGCUUAGUUUCUGGGCAGUUCAGUUUAAGUUGUCUCUGCACAGAAAUACAUUACCUCUUUUGUUGAAUAUUUUGAAUGCUCUGCUUGUGUGUUUGUACAGUUCCAAA